CCGGCUCCUCCUUCUGCUCCUGAAGCUGCAGCUGCAGCGCAGCCUUGCAGCUCUUACCUGUUGUCCUGGAGUUCCCUCCUUCCCUUCCCCCCCCCCCCCCCCGGGGAGGCUGUGUAAGGAGCUUGUUUGUCGGGGUGGACGGACCGGGAGGGACCUAUCUCCACCAUCUCCGCCAUGGACAGCAGCACCUGGAGCCCCACGGCCACCCCUGCACCUAUCCCGACCCACGAGCGCAUCCGCAAUGCCGCCGACAUCUCCGUGAUCGUCAUCUACUUCUUGGUGGUGAUGGCUGUGGGACUAUGGGCUAUGUUUUCUUCUAACCGAGGAACUGUUGGAGGUUUCUUCUUGGCAGGCCGCAGUAUGGUUUGGUGGCCGAUCGGAGCCUCUCUGUUCGCCAGUAACAUCGGAAGUGGACACUUCGUCGGGCUGGCGGGGACGGGCGCCGCCUCAGGCAUUGCCAUGGGGGGCUUUGAGUGGAAUGCUCUGGUUCUUGUGGUUGUUCUGGGCUGGAUUUUUGUCCCCAUUUACAUUAAGGCUGGGGUGGUGACCAUGCCUGAAUAUCUGCGGAAGCGGUUUGGAGGCAAGAGGAUCCAGAUCUACCUUUCCAUUCUGUCUCUGUUGCUCUACAUUUUCACCAAGAUUUCCGCAGAUAUCUUCUCUGGGGCUAUAUUCAUCAAUAUGGCCUUGGGUCUGAAUAUCUACUUGGCCAUAAUUAUCUUAUUAGCAAUCACUGCCCUUUACACAAUUACAGGGGGCCUGGCAGCUGUUAUUUACACAGACACUUUGCAGACAGCCAUCAUGCUUGUGGGCUCUUUCAUUCUGACUGGAUUUGCUUUCCACGAAGUGGGAGGUUAUGAAGGCUUCAUGGAUAAGUACAUGAAAGCCAUCCCUACCUUGAUUACCGAUGGAAAUCUUACCAUCAGAAAAGAAUGCUACACCCCAAGGGAGGACUCCUUCCAUAUCUUCCGCGAUCCCCUCAAGGGAGACAUCCCUUGGCCCGGACUCAUCUUCGGACUAGCCAUCCUUGCCUUAUGGUACUGGUGCACAGAUCAGGUUAUUGUGCAGCGGUGUCUCUCAGCCAAGAACAUGUCCCAUGUGAAGGCCGGCUGCAUCCUGUGUGGCUACCUGAAGCUGCUGCCCAUGUUCCUCAUGGUGAUGCCAGGAAUGAUCAGCCGCAUCCUCUACACAGAGAAGAUUGCCUGUGUCCUCCCCUCCGAAUGUGAGAAACACUGUGGUACUAAAGUUGGCUGCACCAACAUUGCCUACCCAACCUUGGUGGUGGAACUGAUGCCUAAUGGGCUGCGAGGGCUGAUGCUGUCCGUCAUGAUGGCCUCUCUCAUGAGUUCCCUGACCUCCAUCUUCAACAGCGCCAGCACCCUCUUCACCAUGGACAUCUACACCAAGAUCCGGAAGAAAGCAACCGAGAAAGAGCUCAUGAUUGCGGGAAGGUUGUUCAUCCUCUUGCUGAUUGCCAUCAGCAUUGCCUGGGUUCCGAUCGUGCAGUCAGCUCAAAGUGGACAGCUCUUUGACUAUAUCCAGUCCAUCACCAGUUACUUGGGACCCCCCAUUGCGGCUGUCUUCCUGCUUGCUAUUUUCUGCAAGAGAGUCAACGAGCCAGGAGCCUUUUGGGGACUGAUGCUUGGAUUUCUGAUUGGGAUCUCCCGGAUGAUAACUGAGUUUGCCUAUGGAACUGGGAGCUGCAUGGAACCCAGCAACUGCCCCACGAUUAUCUGUGGGGUACACUACUUGUACUUUGCCAUUCUCCUCUUUGUAAUCUGCAUCAUCACUGUCUUGGUCAUCUCCUUCCUCACCAAGCCCAUUCCAGAUGUGCAUCUCUAUCGUCUGUGCUGGAGCCUGCGCAACAGCAAAGAGGAGCGUAUUGACCUGGAUGCAACAGAGGAGGAGGAUAUCCAGGAUCCCCCAAAGGAGACCAUUGAAAUAGAUGUUCCCCAGGAAAGAAAAGGCUGCUUCCGGCGAGCCUAUGACCUGUUUUGUGGGCUGGACCAGGACAAAGGACCCAAGAUGACAAAGGAAGAGGAGGCUGCCAUGAAGCUGAAGAUGACAGACACCUCUGAGAAGCCACUGUGGAGGACGGUAGUGAACAUCAAUGGCAUCAUCCUGCUGGCCGUGGCCGUCUUUUGCCACGCCUACUUCGCCUGAUUCUCCUUCUGCUGUAGGUUCCCCAGAAGCUGGGCUCUUCGCUUGACCUCCCUUUACUCCCUUUCUGUGGUUUUGAAGGGAAAUCAGUCCAUUGUAAAUUUUUUCCUGGUUGGAGAACCAUGUACAUGUGUAAUUAUAGGUUAGCUGGAAGAAAAAAAUCAUUGUUUUUUUCCCCCCUGUUAACUUA